AUGGUAUCAAGUCGAUACGCUAAAAUUAUGCAAAUUCACGUUUUAAUUGAUGUGGUUGUGAAUGCAAAGUGGGCCGCGAGCCGCACGUCCAAAAGACGCUUUGAUCAGAAAAAAGAAAGCAAAUAUAUUAAGCUUCAGUCGAACUCAAUGCAUCCAUAA